CCGUGCAUUUUAUCCAGAACGUAGUGCAUCUUAAUUCGGUGUAGCCUACUAGAUGAUCACAAUAACAACGUCCUGGUCUAUACAAUUUGGAAGAAAAGAAGACACCUGGCACUUAUUCACAUUCAUAAAAUAUGGCAUUGGCUGAUGUUAAUUUUGUAACAGACUAAGUUACACUACAUUAAAGUCAAUACAUUUAUUGACUUUAAUAUUACGUACUUUACCCCAUAAAAAUUGCAAUUAGGCUACUGUUGAACAAAUGAGUAAAUUGAUAUGUGUAAUUUCUAGUAUUUCAACGGUUUCCGGAUGAUUUUGUAUUCUUGGUUAAAACACUGAAAGAUUGUUUGCAGAGUAAAUCGAAGCCUCUAAGUGAGUACAUGUUUACUAUACAGCAUAACUGUCAUAUCCACACAUUGCAGAACCAGUUCUCUUGUCAUGUUUUUCCGAUUAUAGCUGCAAAUGGAUGAGCGAAAAUAAAUUCCCAGGCGCAAUUUAGGCAAAGUGUAAACUAUAGAAUAUUCAUAUUAUAUAGCCUUCCUGUAUGUGGCUUUUUGUCUCUGAAACGCAGACGAAAGGUGGUCCGAUUUACCCUAGUUUAUUUCCUACUACAGAAACAACUUGCUCUGCGUCUUGAGUUUCGAUUAUCAGGAGCUCAUGAUAGCAGAUGACUUCGAGAAGGAAGGAUAACUAUACACGAUUCACGAAUACUGUUAAGAAAAUCAACUAAGAAGUUCAUGGCUCAAGUGUAUGCCCAGGUAUCUUAUAGGAUGAUGUGCAAAAUGUAAUUUAAAUAUACAAAGGAAACUUUGAAUUUUCACCUGCUUGUACUGUAAUUUUUCUGGUAGCUUUGAAAAUAUGAUUCACCAAGCCAUCUGUGCCUGAAAAACGUUGGAUAUAUUAAAGUUUGAUGUGGAGGUCAAGGGCGAUAUACACCAUGCUAUUUAAGCAUCAUUCAUGCAUGUCCUUCUCCUGCACUAGCUUAUAACAAGAAAGAACGAAAAAUCUAUUUCUUUAAUGUAUUUACAAAGAAUUUCUCACAAAUACACUUCACAGUAUGCUACUCCUUCUUAAACAGCCUUAUCCACAACAAAUCAAACCAAAGGUGACUGUGGCCAGGAUAAGCUCUAUGGUUGUCAUACAGAAAGAAACUGUAGGAGGAUUCAAACUCAAAAGGGGGAGCUCAUCCUCCUCUGGCCAGCUCAGAGUAUGGAUUCGUAGAGGCAUGACAUGGUUCCGUCAGUGCAGAUGUGUGACGUCUUGAAUGAAAUUGAGGUUGAAAGAGAAAAGUGCGAAGCACAGAUGGAAAAUGUCACUUCUGGUUGUAAAGGGAUGUGGGACAAAAUCACCUGUUGGCCUUCAGCCAAGGUUGGAGAAGUGGUGACAAUAUCAUGUCCUAAUUAUUUCAGUUACUUCAAUGACCAGCAUAAGGGUAACCUUUCAAAGACUUGCACCGCUGAUGGCUGGACAGAGAUGCUACCCAUCACCAUUGCUAUGAAUUGUGGGUAUAAUCUCAAUAACACCAUUGAUGAUGGUAAAUUCUUUUGGACUGUGAAAAUUGGCUACACGAUUGGGCACAGUGUCUCUCUCAUCUGCCUCACAACAGCCAUAAUAAUAUUGUGCAUCUUUAGGAAACUGCACUGCACAAGAAACUACAUUCACAUGCAUCUCUUUGUGUCGUUCAUCCUGAAAGCUGUUGCUGUGUUCAUUAAGGAUGUGGUUCUGUAUGACGUCGGGGAAUCAGACAACUGUUCCUCUGGGUCGGUUGGUUGCAAAGCAGUAAUGGUCUUUUUCCAGUACUGCAUCAUGGCCAGCUUCUUCUGGCUCUUAGCAGAAGGCUUGUAUCUCCAUGCCCUGCUGACUGUUUCCUUCUUUGAAAGGAAAUAUUUCUGGUGUUACAUACUGAUAGGCUGGGGAGGACCAACAAUAUUUAUAACAGCUUGGAGCAUUACAAAGGCCUAUUUUAAUGAUGUGGGAUGCUGGGAUAUCAUUGAAAUAUCUGACCCAUUCUGGUGGAUCAUCAAAACACCAAUUUUAGCAUCAAUACUGAUGAACUUCAUACUCUUCAUUUGCAUCAUCCGGAUACUACGUCAAAAGAUAAACUAUCCAGAUAUAGGAAGGAAUGAAUCCAACCAAUAUUCGAGGUUGGCAAAAUCAACACUGCUGUUGAUUCCUCUCUUUGGAAUAAACUACAUUAUAUUUGCCUUCAUUCCUGAUCAUGUUAAAACAGAACUAAGGCUGGUGUUUGACCUUAUUCUGGGGUCAUUCCAGGGUUUCGUGGUGGCAGUUUUGUAUUGUUUCCUGAAUGCAGAGGUGCAGGCCGAGAUCAAGCGGAAGUGGAGGAGGUGGCACCUGGAGAGGUUCCUGGGUGCUGACGUGAAGCACCCCUCCAUAGGCAGCAAUGGGAACAACUUCAGCACCCAGAUGUCCAUGCUGACUAGGUGCAGCCCUAAGACCCGCCGCACGUCAGCCUGCCAGAACGACUCUGUGCUCUGACCUCGUCACCAACGCCUGUGUCUGGUCUGGUCUGCUUUGCCGUGCGAGGAUCUCGGCCCCGUCCCAUAAGUUUCAGGGGGCGGGCAUGCUAUGGACCAUUCUGGAAAGCGAGGGAACAGGCAUUGGUAACAGUAAAGAUUCCAAGAGCACCGCUUGUAAAAAUUUGUUUUGUUUUUUUUCCCCACAGAAGUCAACCUCAAUGAAGACAAAUGAAUGUGUUCUUUCACCUGCUGGAUGUCAGUGAUAGAGGUUGCUGCACAGUGCAUUUGGAAAAUUCUCAACCCUUUCACAUAAGAUAAAUCAACAAAUGUGCAUAUUUCAUACUUUGAAAUGAAAAAAACAAAAAUAAAAUUUUCAGCCAAUGUGGGGCUUUACGUAUCCAAUUACCAUUCUAAUUUGGAAUGUCCGAUCAUCUGUAACUGCAGCCUUGUCCAUCCACGAGCCCCGCCACCGAUUGUAGACAUCCGCGGUCCUCUGAAACUUGUGGUGCCACCACCUGUUUGUUUUCAUAUCACAGACCUUGGAUAGAGUGGAGUGAAUGGAACUCCUUUCAUAUACGAUUUUGACAUGCAGUCCACGGGCACCUGAUCGACAUGUGGGGGGUUGCUAGUUAGCGAUGAAAUGUGGACCCCUAACUGACUAAUCCCUCUCAUACCCUGAGCGACACAAUUGCCAAGUGCGCAUCACCUCUAUGGAGCUUUCGGCCACCGGCAGCACUGGCGUGGGCCAGAUACGAUCUGAGAAUGUGGGGUUCAUCCAUGCACCACAGCGUGGGGCCUUAACUGAAUGAGCCACCCAUAUAUAGAUUUCAUUAAAAUUUGUAUAUAUUAAUUUGACACCCAUCAGGAGGCUGUGAUAUCCAAUUCCCACCCCAGUUGUCUGAAACCUUAGCUGCAUAAAUUUGUGAACACCACUGCUGAUCCAUUCUCCCCCGAAACACGUGGUGUCACCAAGUGCUUCUUUUCACACGGCAGAGUACAACUAAGCUUGCAUAGCUGCACAAAUAAGCCACAUGCAGCUAUCUACAGGUGUCUGUUUGAUCGGCAAGGGUCGCUAGAUAGCAAUGCAUGUGGAACCCUAUCUGACUGAACCCUUCAAUUUCCUGGGUGACCCAAUCGGCAAUUGCACAUCGCCUAUAUUUUUGCUUGGCAAAAAAGCAGAUAAUUUUAUGUCCUACUUGAUUGUUUUUCACACCUUUCACAAAUUUGGAUUUUUGAUCCAAGGCCGUGAAGUUCAACCUUGCACCGCAGUAUGGUGCCAUAACUGGAUAAGCAGCCUAUAUUCGUUUAUGUUUCAGUUUUAAGCCACACAAUUUGUCUAUUCAUAGUAUAAGAUCAAAUUAACCACUUCCAUUGGGAAAAAUGUUUGUGCACACUUAUUUAAUACUCAUUUUGUCCUCGUACAAUCUUCCACAGAUGCAUACCAGAAGUUACAAGAAACCACAAAUUUCAAAACAGACAAAACUGUAUUGCCUAUUGUAAAACAACAAGCUAGAAUAAACAGUACCAAGUUAACAAUGUAUGUUUAAAUAUUCCAUUGUUUGGACUAUGGCAGAAUAAAUGUAUAAAUAUUGUCAAAUACUCUUUCAGCCAAAGAAUGCAGAGGUCUACCCAGAUAAACAAUAGUCAAUGUUUAGAUUUCUCAUUUGAGUGUUUCUCCAUUUAGCUGUAUAAUUUGUUUUGAAUUUUGAGAAUGCACCAACUAACAUUUCUGCAAAUAUUUUUAUUUAUAAAUAUUUCUAUGUUCAAAUAUCUUUGCUGAGCUACAAAGCAAAUAAUGUUAUGUCAUAUUUGAUUGUUUUUCACUACUUACACAAAUUUAUGUUUGAAAAGGUAUUGGUGCCAUUUUAAUCAAGACUUUCAACUUAUUAUACCUAGAAAAUUACCUUUUAAAAUUAGAUAUUUUUGAACAGGCAUGUCAGCUUAAAAACACAAUUUAGUCAUUCACACAAUCGAAUAGUAGUAGUUUAAAUAUAGAGCAGUGUCGAGACAACAAUAAAAUUUUGCGUUUUUCAUUAACAUGUAAAAAAGUUUUCCAUUAACAGGUACAAGAGACCCUUGUAGAUAUUGAUAAAACAAUACUAUUCAGUAUUCAAAUGAUGCAUUACAAGCAAGAAAAGUAUGAUGGCCAUUAAACAUAUAACACUUUCAAUAGCCAAGUUGGAAAUAAGGGGAUAAAAGAUAAAAAGAAUUAUUGUUGACACGCACACUAGACCUAUAAAACUGGAUUAAAGAAUGGUUUGUUUUUGCUCAACUUGCAGAAAUGAAUAUAGACAUUUCUGUUAUUGGGAAAAUAAUAUUACUCAGUGCAGACAGUAAAUAAGAACAAUAAAGUGUGGUCAGAGUAUUUUUGUUUUGGCUUGGAAUGAUUCUUCAUUCCAGUUAUCCAUCAUUUUAUGGCAACAUCAUUCAUGAAUGACAUUGAAACCAGCAGUGCAUAUUUAUUCUCAUCACUUCUGUUUUUGAACCUGACAUUAAUUAUAAAUAUUGCUUUAUGACAAUUCAGUGAUCUGAAUAGGCCAAUAUAUGCAUGUGGUAUAACAAAUGAAUUACUGAUUGUGUGAUUAAUAUUUUAGAUCUCUUUUAUGCAUUUUUUGACUUUCUGUGACUACAAGAUAUUUCAUCAUGUUGGCAUAGGAUUAUCUUUGUUAUCUGUAGUCAUGGUGACAUUCCUUCCUUCCUUAACCUGCACUGCCUUCAUGGUCUUUCUUUACUAGGAUUAGCAUUUAUUCAUACAAAUCUCCUUUUUGAUGGAAGCAUUCAUGUGUCCUUCAACAAAGCAGCCAAACAAAGAUGGAUUGCGUUUCCUUAUUUCACUUUUCAGUUUUCCCUGUCGUGAUGGCCAUUUUGCUCCUUCUGGGCCCCAAUGUGAUGCUCAGUAAAAAAGGAAGGCUGCGUUUAAAAAGUACAUGAUUCAGCCUUUGCAUAGCAAGUCCAAAGUGGACACAAUCUAAAAAUCCACUCUCAUGUCCUCACAACACUUAAAUGGACUGUCUGAGUGGUGAAUUCGGUAUGAAAGACACUAUUUUUGUCUAAAGAAAAAACAUGGGAGUAAGGUUACAAAGCCAUGAUGAUCAAUAAUUGGGACUGUAUUAUGUAAUUUACUGUUAGAUUUCCAGAGGUUUCUCCAAAGCACUGAUACAGGGUCAGUUAGCACUGCCCAAAUUGUAUUCUGAACCACAGGUUACUUCCAUCUACACUGUUUUUUUUUUAAUUCCAGAAAAUACUUAUAGUAUAACCAUACCAAAAAAAGUAUAUAUAAAGAAGUUAGUUAAUUAACUUCUUGUGUCAAUAACAUCAAUAUCCAAACCGGGGAAUAAAAAGUGUUUUUCAAAGCAAUAUUUAAAAACACGCAGAGGCACAUUUUUUACAUGACUUGUUUCUCUUUCUUGGGUGAUUUUUCUUUUGGAAGGUCAAAUGGCCUAAAUUUACAUGGAUCUACCUCUUAAUUAUCACCAUGCAUUUGUGUAAUUUAAAGUACGCUGCAAGAAGACAAUUUCUGGGUUGUCUCUGGGAUUCUCUUGUCAUAUGUCAUUGUGCUAUUCCAAUUACAAACUUAUGAAAAAAGAUAUUUAUGAGAAGAGAGUGAGUUCAUUUAAUGAUGCUACUGUAUGAACAAAAUUCAGUUCCCCAUUCUGAUUAUGUUACAGUUUAGAGAAUGCUUUGUUCCCAUUUGUAAAAGUUUCCUGAAUAUUUUACAGUGAUUUGUAAAGCUGUCUGUAGUGUGUAAAAAAACUGAACUCACAAAAGAAAAAACAAAACAAAUCCAGAUAACCCACACAAUGUUAAUUUUGUGAAAGUUAGGAUAUUGUAACAUUCACCUGAGCGGUUAAGGUCAUCUCAUUUUGACUUUUGUGUUUUACAAAAAAGUAAUGGAAUGAGAGCUAGUUUGAUGAAUGUCACAUGUCCAAUGACAAAAUGGAGAGAACAAAAACAACAACAAAAAACUUAUGUCAGGGCUCUAUGCUAAUAUUUUUUCCAAGGAGCACAAGUGCACCUAAGUUGAAAGAUUUAGGCACACACUAAUGUAUCCUAAUUAGCAGAUGUGCUCCUAAAUUAUUUUUCCAGUUAGUGCACAUCAAAUUUCAGAAGCAGAUGCUCCUAAAAUGGGAGCACUAUAGAGCACUAUACGUGAUUGUGUUUUUUUUUUUUAAUCCAAGGAACACUUGGAUAGCAUUCCAAAUAACAGGUCUGGGACACAAAUGCCCUUCACUGCACUACAUAUUGUGAUAUGAGACCUAAUUUCUGUGACUAUGUUCUUGCUACUUAUGCUGCACAAGGAGUCACUCACUGAUUACAGGUACCCUAGCCACAUUGUAUUUUCUCUGUUAACUGCUUGGUAAAACACACAAGCAUCCAUUUCACUUUUACUGUAAACAUAACAUUUACUGUAGUGUGAAGGCUAAUAUGCUCAAUAUGAUGAUGUUCAUAAAAAUAAUCUUAAUCAUGAAAGUACAGUCUCUUCCAUACAGUUUCAGAAUCAGAUUGUACUAUUGUUUAGUACAAUGUUUUGCAGAGAGUAAACUAAAUAGCUACAUGUUGUCACACAUGACAGUGGUAGUAAAGCCAUCUUUAUGAAAUCAUCCCAUGGAUGUACUAUAUUGAUAUACAUUCGUGCACAUUGUUUAUGGUUGAUUGUGAUGGGUAACAUAAUCCCUCAGUCAACCAAAAAUACAACUUUUUCUUGCAAAAUAUGGCAAGUUAAUAUACAUGUUAGCAUCAAUAAUUGAAAUACAUACAUGAUACGGUUCACCAGUUAACCCCAUUAAAAUAUAAUGGCUUGUACCUGAAUGAUUCUUUCAAAGACAAAAAUGGUUUUGACGCAUGGCUACUUCACUUUGACAUAGCUGUGUUGUAGACUGCUUUUUAAAUUUUACAUUUAAAAUAUAUUGAUUCUGUAUUUGAAAUUGUCACGUUCUAUCUGUAGUUCUGUUGAAAUUUUGUCCGCUUGAGAAAACAAUGCUUAAAGGAGUAAGAUGACCGUGCCCUGUGUUAUUCUGAUGUUAUUCUGUAUUAUGUCAUCUUCUGGUGUAACUGCAAUUGUGAACAAGUACUUCUCAUACAAUGCUGAAGAAUGUAAAUUCUUACGGUGUCCAGAAAAUAUUGUGCUGUAUAGUUUCAAUGUGUUUUAUUAAUUUGUGUUUCUUCAGUAAUUGCUGGCAUGAUGUUUUUGGAGUGUCCUACUAUAUGUACGGUGCAGUUACGAUACCAAUUUAAUGUUAGUAUGUCUAAUUGCACAGUAUAUUUUGUCCAGAUUUUUGUCGAGAUUUACUGUUUUAAUAGACUUGUGUACUUAAUCUCCAGUGUACUACAUGUCAAUUCAUGACUCAGAACUGGAUGUAAUGCUAUUUAAUGAUAUUACACUAUAUUGUCAAGGUAGGUACAAUGCACUGUGUUCAGUGUAAGACUGUAUUUUUAUGUAAAUACUACUUGUAUGUUGCAACAAAAUGAGAUUAAACUAUUUAGUUCACA